AUGGCCGAUGUCGUUGUCCAUAAGCGACAAGCGGUUAUUGAUAGACUAAAAAGACGAAUGGAAGGGUACAGGAGGCAUAACCAAGACUGCGUUCCACGCUAUAGCAACGCAUUUGCAGAACAGCAAAAUGUACAAGAAACAUUAAUGCUCAAACAAAAGUACAUGGAAACAAAGACCAAAAGGAACGUUAAAAAGAAUGACAAAAAACCUAUGGAAAAUGGAAGUACUUUGCCGAAAUUUGGCACGAAGAGACCGUCCAGUGAAGAUAUGGAUGGGUCCGACGGUGUAUACCAUGAUGGUAUGCCAGCGCCUCCGAAGUGCGUACCCAUUCCGCCAUGUGGUAACAAUGGAGUGGGUGGCGGUCCUCAGCAGCAACAACAACAACAACAGCAGCAGCAACAAUCUCCCCAUGCCAAAAAUGACGCGAGUAACAAUGCUAAGUUCAGCGUGAAAAUCGUGCAGGAACUUGAGUUUAGCACCAGCGAACACCAGCAUAAUGCUCAGAUCUCCACCAAUUUGACACUGACGUCGGUCAACACAUCAGUGCAGAGCGACGUUACAACGAAACAAUCGGCAGGUGGGGGCCCCAGUGCGGGUGGAAAUACAGUGCCMACCGCGUCCGGUGGCGGGGGGAUUCCACCUGGUAGUGCAGCGGGGGCGGCUGGCCCACCGAAUGACCACACGAUGCACGAGUGCAAGCAAGAGCAACCGGACCUGAUGGACUUCCCUGGCGACGGUGACCUAAACGACCUGUCGUUCAUCAAUAAUGACACCAAUGAACCCAUAUUGGCCGUCGAUACGGAUACGCUGACUGAGAUCAUAUCAGAUCUUAACAGCGAGGGCAUCACACCGGCCGACUUCAACCAGGUGGACCUGUGCGACAAACGGCCUAUAAAGACAGAACCCGAUGCCAGGUGUACGCCACCGGUUAAGUCGCCGUAUGACCAACACCACCAGCAGCAGCAACAGGUACACCAACAGCAACAACACCAACAACACCAGCAGCAGCAACAGCGAGGUGGGGGYGGUGGCAACAAUAAUUAUUCAAAUUGCGUAGCCGCCGAGACGCUAAAACAGUUGGCUGAACAGCACAAUAACCAGCAGCAGAGGCCAGAUAAGUGCGGUUAUGAUUUCCCUUACCAAUCACCCGGUUCCGUGCCUGACUUUAUACAUUCGCCUAGCACUCCUGUGGGCACUCCUAACCCGAAUGGUUACARCAUGAUGUCACCCGUUAAUUCCAUGUAUCAUCAGCAGCAACAACAGCAGGAAAAGCAACAGCAGGAGAACAACAAUUAUUAUCAUCCCCAAGAACCACCUAAGCCGAGGAUGAAGCAACAACAGCAGCAACAACCGCAACAGCAGCAGCAACAACAACAACAGCAACAGCAACAGCAACAACCGACGGCUGUGACGCAGCGGCAACAGAAACAACAGUUGCCACCGCCGCCCACGUCCCAACAGCAGCAACAGCAACCCCUCCAAUCGCCACAGUCCCGGUACAACCAGUAUAAUGGUCACGGAAGUCCUCAGUAUCCUGUGUCGGUGGCACGCAGGAUAACGCCGUCCCCGGGCGCAGCUUCGGCAGGCGUCCUGUCGCCGCAGCAACCUAACGCCGCCAGCCCUGACGUGGUAACCAGCUCGUUCCAAAUGGCCCAGUCUCAACAAGUUCACAUCAGUCAACAAGGCCAACAACAGACUUUUGGUCAAGGACAGGCCAUCCAAGACAGACUUAUGACCAGUGCUUCAGUCGCUUCGACAACAGCACCAAAUUGUGGUGCAUCCAUGCAGCAAUAUUAUAAUUCCAAUUGCGGAGACAAUGGGCAACAGUCCUAUAUGCAUAUGACCCAGUCGCAAAGUAUGACAUUCUCACAACAGCGUGCUAGACUGCUCAGUGCAGGAGCCAGUCCAACCAAUAUUCGACCACCAACUAAUGUACAGCAGCCCAAUAUAAAUAAUGAGCAUCACAGUAUGUUACCUCAGCACAUGAAUAGGACACCUAACCAGAUGAAUAUGAUGGGUCCUGGUGGAUGUCGACCACCUCCUCCUGAAUACAAACUAAAUGUUGCCCAAAAUAUGGGUAUGUGCCAAACCCAGUUUCCUGCACAAGGAUACAUGCCAUCAGCUCGGCAGUCUUUACCACAAGGUGCCCAAUCUAGGCGACCUAUACAACAACAACCUAUUCCACCUUCGGGGCCUAUGCUACGAUCACAAAUGGCUAAUACUGGUGGUGGUAGUCAAAUGGCUGGUGGCUAUGAUCGUAAUAUGUCAUCAGUUCAAAGAAAUAUGAUGUAUCCAGGCUCAGGGAAUCUUCAACGACCACCAAAUGUCACGCCGAGUUCAGAAGCAUUUAACAGUGAUUGGCAACAACUGUUAGCUGCAAGACAACAACAACAACAUCAACAACAGCAGCAACACCAACAUCAACAACAGCAGCACCAACAACAACCACAUCAACAACAACCACAACCUCACCAGCACCAACAACAUCAAUUUAGACCCACAGUUUCCCAAGCUUCAAUUGGCAAUUUAAAUCAAGCUGGAAACACUCCAGUAAACAAUAUUGGUGCAGGUUAUGGUGGUGCUAAUCCGAAUAUUAACACUUGCCAAACAGGACAAAACAAUAUUCACUUGAUGGCUGGGCAAAUGCAGCACAUGUCUGCUAGAAUGGGUAAUGGGCAGCAAACUAUGGCCCAGCAACAACAUGCCAAUAUUAGUAUGCAGUCACAAAAUAAUCAAAUGUCAGUAAAUCUUCAGAUGUCCCAAGCAAUGAAUGUUAAAAUGGGUGGAGGAGGCCAGAGUCGUAUGACUACUAAUGCACAGAUGGUUCCUCAGCAACCACAACAACAACAACAACAACAACAACAACAACCACCUCAGCAUCCAUCACAUCCACAACACCCACAACAUUCUCAACAUCCACAACAUCAUCAUCAACAACAACAACAACCUCAACCUCAGCAGCACCCGUCCAUGAUGCGAGCACAGCAACAACAGUCAUUCACCCUACAGCAACAACAGCAAGCAACAAUGAAUACUGGAAAUCCAUAUCAGCGUAACAUGGGUUCUGGUUAUGGAGCAAACCCACAUCAGCAGCAGUACCAGCAGACAAGCACAACAAUGCAACCUGCACCUGUUGCAAAUCCAACAACUAUGCUAAAUACCAACAAUGGAUUAUCGUCCCGUAACUCAUUUAGUCCAAGUGAUUUCAAUUUUGAUUUCCUCGAUCAGCCACUCGCUAAUGAUAGUAAGAAUGGUUUUAAUAACAAGCAACAGACAUUUGGUGAUUUUAACUUUGAUUUCCUUGAUGCUCAUUAAGCAUUCUAUAGUACUGCAUUAAACAUUGACGCCUUGACCUAGAUCGAUAUUUAAUGCCUGUGAUAUUUACUAUAAACUUGAUCACAUUGUUAUGAAAGUUGCUCUAUGGCCAGUGUAGCUUAAAUCAAAAUUGUCCGUCUUAAAAAUGUUUUAAGUUUAUUGUUAAUAAGUAAAAUUUAAUUCUUAAAUAUAAUUUUUUUAAAGUAUCAAUAAUAAUUUUAUUUAUGGUUGAACAGUCAUAUAUUUGAUAACUAAUACAAAAUAUGUAGUCCCAGUACUGAGGCAAAGCUACAGAGGCUGUAUGAAAUAACUACUAUUAACCUAAUUUGAAAGAUAUAUUAUUUAAAUUGUACUUUAUAACUAUUUAGAAAGGUAAAUGUCAAAUAUGGCAUUUUGUUCCUACUUCUCUUUUUCUUUCCCACUCUGUUUCUACUGUACAACUUGCAUACAAUAAACUAUUGUUACCACUCAAUGAGUUAAAGUAUUGAUUGAUAGGAUGUCAACAAUACAUUAAUAAUUGUCGUCUGUAUUUUCCUUUACCUGGUACAAUAUUGUAAUAAAAGUAAUUGUAAAGUGUGUUUUGAAAGAGGUACCGAGUAGUAAUUAUUCAAUUACCUUACACAUUAAACAGGUUGUCAUCUUAUUUGUGAACAUGUCACCAAAAUAAUUAACCCAAGUUACCAAGUGAUGGUCAGCAAAUGAAAAUACUUAACUAUGUGAAAUGAUAUUGAAAAUUUAAAAAAAAGAAAACAAAUACCCAUGGGGGAACAACCUCGUUUGAUCUCAACUAGUUAUUCUUGCAUACGUUUCCAAAGCGAGUGGCUCCCUGAUGAUUUUCUUCUUAUUUGUUAUAUUGUUUUAUUUUUGUUUUUGUUGCCAUAACAGCAAUUUUACCAUACAAGCUACAAGUUUGUUUAAGGUUUCAGUAAGGAACCACCUGUGAUGGUUUUCUAAUGAUUAUGUAUUAAUAAAAAAAGCAAAUAUAAUAAUUACUUAAGGUUUUUUUUUUUUUUUAAUGU